AUGUUUUACUCUCGUUUAUCCGCCGCAGUCGCAUUGACUGUCUUCGCAGCAGGUGCACUCGCCGACCCACAAACAGCAUCACCGCUCAGAAUCGGGCCCCCUUUCACCUUCAAAAAAGUCAUCCCUGAAGACUUCCCCGACCCCGCCAUCGCCAAGUUCGAUGGCAUCUGGUACGCGUACGCCACGGUGGGCAACGGCAUCAACGCGCAGCUCGCCAUGUCCCAGGACGGCGACAACUGGACACUCGUACGUGGCUAUGAAACACUGCCCAACCCGGGUCUGUGGGCAGACCAACGCUGGCCGGGCAUCUGGGCGCCCGACGUGGCGCGCGUGGACAGCGGCAAGUACGUCAUGUACUACUCGGCGAAGCUGGCGACGCUCGACCAGCACUGCAUCGGCGUCGGCUACGCGGACGCGCCCACGGGCCCGUUCGUCGCCCGCUCGACUCCCUUCAUCUGCCCCACCACGCAGGGCGGCGCCAUCGACUCGGCCAGCUACCAGAUCGACGGGAAAAUGUACAUCGUAUACAAGGUCGACGGCAACAACAUCGGCCACGGCGGCAGCUGCAACAACGGCAUCCCCCCGCUCGUGGCCACGCCCAUCAUGCUCCAGCAGGUCAGCCCGCGCGACGGCGUCACUAAGAUUGGCAAUCCCGUUAAGCUGCUCGACCGCGGCCCCGAGGACGGCCCGCUCGUCGAGGCUCCCAGCCUGGUCAAGACGCCCGACGGCAGGUUCGUGCUCUUCUACAGCUCCAACUGUUUUCUCGAUAGCAAAUACCACAUCGCCUACGCCUGGGCCGACCGUCUCACUGGGCCCUACACAAAAAUCGCGUCGCUUGCGGUCACGGGAAUGGGCGAGCUGUACUCCCCUGGUGGUGCCGAUGUCUCGCCUGACGGGAGGAAGUUGGCUUUCCAUGCGAACAAUGGGACUGGCGGGCGCGCCAUGUACAUAGCGAAUAUUGCGUUUGAUUGGAAGAGGAGGUUGGUGAUUUCUUUCUGA